CCUUCUUCCCUUCUCUAUCUCUCUCUCUCUCAUUUCAAAAUUACAAAUCCUUUCACACACACACUUCCGUCAUUAAUGUCCGGCUGUCUUCUCUCUCUACAAGUUUCUGUAUCUAACAUUCACAUACCGCUUUUUCUUUAUUUGUUUCUAGCCAUCUCUUCCCCUAUCGAUAACUAUCAUAAUUCUGUAUACACACACGCCCUUUCCUUUCCCUCUCUACAAUGUUAACAGGAUCUACUCCGAGAGGAUUUUCCUUAUCUUUCAACUCUUUCCGCUCGAAAUGAGCUAGGUUGUAUGUGGCGAUGGUGGCGUCGUGCUUUUUUGCGAUAAUUCCGCUCUGAUUUCUCACUCUCAAACCAAAAAGAGACCUAAUAAAGGCCUUCAUUAUUGUAAUUGAAAAUAAAUUUUCCUCUUCUUUUACCUUUUCGCUGCUGCUUACUUUGAAAUUUUGAAAUAGAAAAUGGAGAGAGCUCGACACAGGAAAACCAAAAGUGCUUCCGGCAUUGACGGUAUUCGGCCGAUUUCAAAGCAGAAAACAGUUCCAAGAUUGUCUUCAGAUUCUCGUUCUUAUAUUGAUGGGAGCAACAGGGAUGAAAUGUUCAUGCUUGAGCUGGGGCAGAGCAACUUAGGAAGAGGAACAGGGAUCCCAAUGAAGAAGUUGCUGGCAGAAGAGAUGUCAAAAGAUGUUGAAUCCAAGAAAAGAUCACCAAGUGUUAUUGCUAGAUUAAUGGGUCUUGAAGGGCUUCCAUCCCCUCGGCAUGUUUAUAGACAACAAAAGAAGUUCCCCGAGAACUACCAACAGAAAAACGUUUCAACUAAUAAACAAAGAAGUAGCCAACAUUAUGAUAGCCAAUCAGAGCGAAGCCUAAUAGAUCAGCAAGAAUUCAAGGAUGUCUAUGAAGAUUUAGAAGCAUCCCAUGUUGUCAAUCGCCAGUAUUCUUCAAGAUGGGGUGAACACUCAAUUCUUACAAAACCUGAGAUGGAACUGAUUCGGCAGAAAUUUAUGGAUGCAAAGCGUCUUUCCACAGUUGAAAAUUUUCAAGGUUCGAAAGAGCUCAACGACACUCUAGAGAUGCUGGAAUCCAACAAGGACUUACUGCUGAAGUUUCUUGGUCAGUCAGAUUCUUUAUUUGUGCAGCAUUUGCAUGAUCUACAAGCUGAUCCUGGCAAUUCGUUUGGCAGUCACAUAGCAGUCUUAAAGCCAUCUAACUCUGAGAAGUUUGAAAGUAAAGCCAAAGCAUGGAGAUCUGAGAGAGAUACUUCUAAUAAGCCUCGUGAUACUUCUCAGCUGAAACGUGAAGAUGGUCUUCUUCUUGAACCACACAGUCGCCAUAGAGUUCGCAGUUCAACAGGGAUUCAAGUGGAAGAGCCGAAAGACAAAAAUAUUAUUCCUACUAGGAUUGUUGUUUUGAAGCCAAACGUUGGGAAAAUUCAGAAUGCUGGCACAUCUUUGUCGUCACCAGAUCUUUCACACAGUUAUAAGACUGGAUCCAAGAAAAUCAAGGAAUACUCAAAUGUUGGUAGUGCUGAAAUGGUGUCAUGGAGAAGGAAAGACUCAUCUCAUAAUGCAGGAUUAUCAAUGUCAACGUCGAAAGAAGCUAGAGAAAUAGCUAGAGAAAUUACCAUGAGGAUGAGAGAUGGCUACGAUGAGAAUGCAGGUGGCAAAUCUACUGUGUACAGCGGAUAUGUGGGAGGUUAUGUGGGAGAUGAGAGCUCAUACGAUGCCAAUCAAAGUGAUUCUGAUAGUGAGUCUGAUGUGUUUAUAUUUGCUUCUAGAAGAUCCUUUGAUGCUAGUAGCAUGUACAGAUAUCCAUCUUCUCAUUCGGGAGAAUCACCUGUAAAUACAGAAGCAAAGAAGCGACUUUCUGAGAGAUGGAAGAUGACCCACAAAUAUCAAGAUUUGCAAAUGAUGAGUCGGGGAAACACAUUAGGGGAAAUGCUUUCUUUGCCCAAUAGGGAAACUAGGCCCUGCCAAUCAAAUGUUAAAAUGAGUCCUGGCCGAGCAAGUAAAGAAUUUGGUAACAAUGGAACUGCUACUUUGGAUGUUCCUUUAGGUAUCAGCAGUAGGGAUGGAUGGAAAGAUGAAAUAGUUAGAAACUCCUCUAGGUCUAGGUCACUUCCUCCACCCACUGGUGGGAGAGGGAGAAGCCACAGAAGCCUAAAUCAUAAUAAGUUGGCUGAAGACAAAGGCCUGAUGCAUAGUAAUUCUGUACGUCGUAGCAGAAGUAAGGUUGAAAGGGGAAAUCUGAGUCACAGAGAAAAUUGUUCAGCUAAAGAUUCACAAUCCAGUAUCAAGUCGUCUCGUUCCUGUCAACACAUGUUUGCUAAUGAGAUAGACUCUUCUUCAGGAGCCAACAUUGAGAUUCAGUUGGAACCAAACACCCAGGACUUAUCAUCUGAACAACAGCCCAUGUUUUCAAUGGCUGAAAAGGCAGACAAUUAUGAAGUCCCUGUGGUUGAUGUAAUGAUGAUUUCGGAUCCUGGUAGCACCAAUAUAUCUUCAAAAUCUUCCGAGAUUCUUCCAGAGCAGUCACUUUUAACUAUAGCAACUAACAAAGUUGCUGAUCAUAACCAAGAGGGCUCUAGUCUCCAGGUUUGGUCUUGACCUUCCUUAAACUUAAGUUUCCUUCUUCACUCCAUAGCAUACUAUUAUAGGAUGCUUCAUAUCUGUUAAUCCUACUUUUACUUGGAAUGUGGAAUGCCCCUGCUUUCUUUACUCUAUCAACCUGUAGCUUUGUGUGUGUGUGUGUGUGUACAGAGGCAUGCCUUCUUGUGCAUGAUACUUUUAAUUGUUUACUGUUGUUUUCGUUAAUUGGCAAGGCAGAUAGUUAUAGUGCAUAUUUGCUAGCUUUCCUCAACUCGAGAUAUAAAUAUGUUUGCUUUACUUGAUGGUAGUUGGUUAGCCUAGUCUGUCCCCUCAAGCAUAUGGAUUAUGUUCACCAGGUUCAUUGUAUUCCCUACAUUGAAUAAGUGAAAGUGAAUCUCUGGAGCUAGCGCAACUGCCCAAUUAAUAAAUUCUUCAAAUUAUGCUGAUUUGGCUACUUAAUUGUGCCUUUUAGAUAUGCAUUCCUUAAUUACCUGCUGAUGGUGAUUGCUCUCAUGUUACAAGUUGAUAAUUCAAUUGUAGAGAAGGCUCUUCGCCAAAAUUUGUUUACAACGUUCGUUCUGGUUAAAAGCCUUUAUGGUAUUAAAUAAAAUAGCUUCUACUUAUGUUUAUAAUGCAUACAUAUCUUUAAAAGGUUGAUAACUAAUGUUUUCAUUGUGUGAUGCACC